AUGAAACUCGCGGCUGUUUGCUCAUUGGCUUUGUUGGCCCAUGCUGCGCAUGGUGCUGCUGCUGCUGUUACAUCUUACAAGCAUGACAUUGAUUGGCUCUCACAACAUGGUGCAUCCAAAUCGCCUUACCCGGAGGUGCCAUCCACUGACAACAUUACCGAGACACAUGAAUUGGUUCAGCUUCAAAUUAUCAAGCGUCAUGGAUCAAGAUACCCAUCCGAAGGUGACACUGCCGAUUUGGUUGAGGUGAUUGAUUUGCUCAAGAAUGCCACAAACCCACCCGAAUGGAUCAAGGAUUAUGAAAACCCAUUUUUGCCUCGACGUGCUGGAUCACUCGAUAAAAAUGGGCAAUACGAGCAUUAUGAUCAUGGUCGUCGUGUCGCCAAAAACUAUCCCGACUUGGUGCAACAAGUGAUUGACGGUGAUACAAUCAUCCACAUGUCAGCAUACUCUUCAUUCUCGAACCGCACAUCACAAUCAGCCGCGGCUUUCCAAUUUGGCCUUUAUCAAGGUGAUGGAUCUUUUGGCACGGAAAAGUUCUUACCCGCACCCUUAUUACAAUAUGGCAAGGACAAUGAUACUAUUCUCGCUUUGGAUGGCAAUUGUCCCAACUGGAAGAAGCGUGGUGACUUGGAUGAUGAAUCACACGCCUAUCGUGAUCAAGCCGAAGCCCCUAUUGCCAAACGUCUAUCCGAGGAGCUUGGUGCCAACGUCACAGUCAAGCACGUUGACCACAUUUACACCGGCUGCGUCUUUGAAGUAUCUCAUCGUCGUCGUGCUGAUACCUUUUGCUCUUUGCUUUCCAAGGAUGAUAUCCUCGUCAAUGAGUAUCGCGAGGAUUUGAGUUACUAUUAUGGUUGGGGUCCUGGUGACAAGCUCAAUAGCCAAGUCGCGUGUGCCACUAUGCAAGAUGUCAUGGCCAAUAUUGAUGCUGCCACUUCAAGCAAGAGCAAUGACAAGGACGCUGACUAUGAUCGUAUCGCUUUCAAGGCUGGCCAUAGAGAAACCAUCAUGUUCAUGGAAACCUUCCUUGGCAUGUUCGAAGAGGGUCCUAAGCUUCAAGCUAACUCAAGCCAAUCCGACAUUGACAAUCGUGUCUAUCGUUCAUCCAAAGUGGGCCACUUUGCUGUUAACUUCACCUUCCAGCUCUUACGCAAGGAUGGCAAGUUCUAUAUCCGCACUCUUUUGUCUGAACGCCCCAUCACUGUUCCCGGUUGCAAGACUGAGAUUUGCCCUCUUGAUCAAUUCAAGGCUGCUCUUGCUGACAAGCUCAAGUGCAACAUCGACCAAGUGUGUGGCCUUAGCAACUAG